AUGUGUGCAGUCAUUGCUCUAGAGCAGCGAGACUUCGCACCAAACGUAGGAACGGUAUUGUUCACUGCCAAAGACCUUCAUAAGAAACAGUGGAGCAAAAGUGAAAUAGCAUUACUAAGGGCCAGAAGGUACUUUCAAACUCUUCUCCCACCACCAGUUUUCAUCAACAACUUCAACGAAGACUAUGUCAACAUAUUAAUCGGAUACUUCAGAGAUGCCUACCAUGCUAUCAGAAGAGAAGCUCCUGACCGCGAAACUGAUGCCAUUAUGACCACGGCACUUUCUGAUGCAAUAGGCGGCUACCUUAAAGUUUGGGUGCUACCAGUAGCAAAACUCGACUACUAUGGAGGCACGGUAUCCCAAGAUAACAUUGUCAAGCUUUUUCAGCUCUACGAUGAGUUAAAAAGAUACUUAGAGACUGAUGGUGUCGGAUGGCGCGAGCCUGAUGAAAAGGUUCUCAACUCUAUGACCAUCAAUGUUGCUCCAUUGAAGAUAGUAACAAACACUAGAAGCAUGAAAGAUCCCUGUGAUAAUUUAGCUUACUUUGAAAAGACUGAAACAGGAUUGGGUAUACCCAUUCCUAAUGUGAAUUGGAAUGAUAGAUCUAGUACAAUGUUUAUACCUUUGAAGAAUUCAUCUUUGAUAAGAAUGAAUACUCCAAAUUCUUCACAAAAUCUGAUUAAAUACUACGAUGCAGCAAAGAAUUGUAUACAAUCCAGUAAUCCUAAGGAACAAGAGAAAUUCGAUGAAAAGUUUCAAGAUUGGCUGGCUAAUGAAGUUGUACCACACUUAAAAGACGAAAAUUUGUAUCUGGCACUGGGAAGUGUGCUCACAUUAGUAAACAAAACACGAGAUCUGUGCAAUAACGUCAUUGACUUAUACGGUAAUAGAUUCAACGUAUGUAAAAAACCCCCUUCACACCCUUUAAUCGAUUUCUCAUGUAAAAAGAUGUGGAUAAUAUGUUUAAUACUACUUAUAGAAGUGGCCUGGUGCAUACCAGCUUUAAUAUACAUAUUAUGUGCUAGAAAAAUUAAAAAAAAAGAUCGUACAAGUAACGUGUAUCUCUUUAUAGAUAAUAAUAAGAUGGACAAAAAGGGUAAAGGAGUCUUCAAAGGUAAGACAAGUUACUUAGUUGAGGAUACUUGCACAUUACCAGAAGUCAAUUCCUAUGACACGACUUCCGAUAAUAAACCGGAAAUAAAAUUAUUUCGUAGAUCUCAUUUGACUGACGUGGAAGGUGAAGGACAAAUGCCCACAUCAAAAAUUGUCAAAACGGUUGGAAUCGGAUCCAAUGUGUGUUGUGUUCCAUCGUCUCCUGUAGCAUACAAGAUGACUAGCGAAGUUCCCAAGCAGACUGACGUUAUCAUAAAAAAAUCGUCGCUAAAAAAGCCAAAUCUAAAUGUGUAUUCAGAUCAACGUAAUUCUAUGCAACUGUUGGCUCUAUCAAGUCAGGAUCAGGGCUUCAGCUGUAGUUCGAAACCUACUCAAAGUGGAACCAGUUUCUCAACUGUGCAAAAUGCGCCAAAAAAUUUACGAGGAGGCAGUGCAUCAGACCACAGAAAUAGAAAAAAACAAGGAAAAUUUGAUUAUAGAAGAUGUGAUGAUCGUAGAAAAUCAGAGGAUUGUUGUCGGAUUCCUUGUGAAGUAAGUAGCAGUCGGUUACAUGAAGAACAAAGAAGAUUCGAAGAACUGAGAAAAGCAGAAGAAUAUAAGAAACUUGAAGAACGGCGUAGGGCAGAAGAAUUAAAAAAACUAGAGGAACGUAGAAGAGCUGAAGAAUGUAAACAAUUAGAGGAACGUAAAAAAAUAGAAGAGCGUAAAAGGGCAGAAGAAUAUAGGAAACAAGAAGAACGCAGAAGAGCAGAAGAAUAUAAGAGACUUGAAGAACUUCGGAAGGCAGAAGAAUGCAAGAGAAUAGAAGAGCUAAAAAAAGCCGAGGAACGCAGAAAACUAGAAGAGCGUAAACGUAUAGAAGAAUGUAAGAAAUUAGAAGAGCGCCGUAAGGCAGAAGAACUCAAGAUGGCGGAAGACCGUAGAAAGGCCGAAGAAUUAAAAAAAAUAGAGGAACGUCAGAAGGCAGAAGAAUAUAGGAAACUUGAAGAACGGCGAAGGAUAGAAGAAUAUAAAAAACAAGAAGAACGUAGAAGAGCUCAAGAAAAUAAAAACGCAGGAGAAUUAAAUAAAAUAAAAGAACAGACAAAGGCAGAAGAGUGUCAACAAUUGAAUCAAUAUAGAAAACUUGAAGACCACAGAAGCACAGACGAGGCCCGAAUGGUAAAAAAUCGCAGAAGAGCCGAAGAAUGUAGGAUGAUGGAAAAACAGGACAACUGUAAACUAGUAGAGGGUGGAAUGCUAGAAAAACUUGAAGAAUGCAGGAGUAUUGAGGAACGCAUCAAAGAACCAAAUGAUGAACAAAGAGAACUUGAAAAGUUUCGGAAACAAAUGCCAGAUGAUUCUAAACCCUUUAGUGAAGACCAAAACCUUGAAGAAGUUAGACAUCUUGAGGAAUAUAAGAUUCACGAGGGGACUGUAAAAUAUGAUGAAUUGAGAAAAUAUGAUGAGACGAUGAAAUAUGAUGAGGUUAAAAAUAACAAUGAAAUAAACUACGACGCUAAAAAUCAUAAUGACGUGAGAAAUUAUGAUGAAGCCAAUAAAUUUAACAUCAGAAGACAUGAGGAUUUCGAGAAAUAUGAUAAACCAAGAGAGCAUACCAACUACAAAGAAAAUAAUGAACAUAAAAAUCUAGAAAACUAUAGAGAUAUCGAUAAUUGUCGACCGUUUGAAGCGCAUAGAGAUAGCAAAGAAGGUAUUGAUGGCAACAAAAAAUCUGAUAGUCUUACAAACUUAUUUUCAGGCUCUGAAAUAUACAACGAAUUUAGAAAAUCAGAGGAUCGAAUCGUGCAAGAUAGUAACUCGUAUAUGACUGUCAGCGGAGGUGUCCGAGCUAGUGUCCAUUCUAAUAAUAUCGAUGACCCCAUCGCCCAAAAAGGUAGUCAUUCUUGCCAUACUGACCAAGCAGUACGAGACGGUGGCUGCUGUAAUAACACAGGCGGCCGUGGAGGUUACGAAGGUAACUGUUGUAGCACAAUAGUGGACAGAGUAGCACAAAAAAGUAGCUGUUGUAAUAGUAAGACAGAUGAAAGAGAAUUACGAGGAUUUAGUUGUUCCCGUAAGACAGAUGACCCAUUAGCACGCGAGCGCUACUGUGCACGACCAGGUCACAAGUGGCAAGACGAUAACAGCUGUGAUAAGAUUGAAAACCGAAGGGAGCGAGAGAAUAGCUGUAUUAAAAAGACAGAAAAUCGAAAAGAGCGAAACAGCAGCAUUCAUUCAUUUGAAAAUCGGAAAGCACGACAGAACAGCUUUUAUUUAAGAACUAAAGAUAAGAAAGACAAUAGUAAGAUGAAUGAAGGUACGAACCUUGUCAAUGAAGUUAGAUAUGAGACUUUGGAAAGCAAAGCUUCGGAAUAUGCAGACUACAACACCCAAUUAGUAGAGUCUCGAGACACGGUACCAAGCCAGCUUCAUAAAAAUCCUUGCCCUUGUAAGGAUUGCGUUGAAAACUGCGAUUCACAAUCGACCUCAACAACUUGUCGCGAAGUGAAAUCAAGCAGUGUUUCAAACAAACCUGUACCAAGAAAGACGACUCGCUUUCAAGUCAUGAAAGAAAAGACGCCUGCAAAAGACAGAGCAAAAAGUAAAAACAAAGUUGAAGUGAAAACUGGAAAAUCGCCUUACUUGGAGAUUACUAUAGAUAGGCCUACGACAGAGAUUUGUGUGGAUAUGGGCAAACCGCAUUAUUCGUCGUUUAAACCAAGUAAGAUACCUAAACGCGCCGGUAAUGUGCAACCUUUUCAUAAUAGGAAAGAAUCAGAUCCACCUGAGAAACAAAAGAGCCUUAUUCCUCAGCUUAAGAAGAAAACGCUUGAUGACAUAGCGCUGGCCCAGUGCGGAUGUCCCAGAUCGAAUGACAGAUUAAAUGACACGUUUUGA